CCGGGCUCUCACUCUGUUUCGGCAUCCAAGUUUAGAUCAGCUUUAUUGGCCAGUGAUCAAGUCCGCUCCUCCACAAACACAGCAAGAUAAUGCUGCAGUUCAUAUUUAUGGUAAUUUUGGGUCUAAGCCUGGGGAAUGCUGCGGCCCAGGAGCUGCGACGCGUGGACGACGCCGAGUUGAUUCAACUCCUGACCGGCAGCAGCAAUGUGGUUGUCCUAUUCAACAAAAACAAUUGCCAGCGCUGCCAGGAGUACGAGAAUGUGGUCACCAAGAUUCAUCCCCAGUUGGAGGAGACCUUGUCGGCCAUUGUGGUCCAGUCGGUGGAUAGCAAUCUCGUUUCCAUAUACGAUCCCAGCAAGGAACCGGCUUUGGUAUUCUUCAGGCGCGGAAUUCCCAUCCUUUACCACGGCGAGAUAAACGAUGACGAAAUCCUAGACUUCUUCAAUGACAACUUGGAGCCAGCGGUCAAAGAGCUUUCCGACGACAACUUCGAGCACCUCACACAAGCCUCAUCGGGGGCCACCACCGGGGACUGGUUUAUCUUCUUCUCUUCCGCCGAGUGUACCGUAUGUCAGCGGCUCUAUGCCGUCUGGGAAUCCGUGGGCGGAAAGCUCAAGCGAAAGUUAAAUAUUGCCCGAAUGAACAGCUUGGAGUCUGGAAUCUCGACGGCCAAGAGACUUGGAGCUUUGGAAUCACCGGCAUUUAUAUUCUUGCGGCAGGGAAAGAUGUACAGGUAUUUGGCCAAGCAAUAUAGUCCCGAGGCAUUUGUCCAGUUUGCGGAGAAGGGAUAUCUCACCCAGAGCCAUCCUCAACCAGUUCCACAAAUUCCUAGUGCCGUGGAUUUGUGAGAAUCUGAUACAUGUCUUUAAAACGAAUUUUUGGGACCUCUGCAGAGUUAUUUCAAAUCUGAAAACAUAACCUCCUUGGCGACUUUGGGUAUUGUUGCAUUGGUCGCCGUCAUAUUUGCCACAAAGAAGGUGGCCAAAAUAUUCAGUUCAGAACCAGCAAAAACGAAAAAUAAAUCGAAAUAAACCUAAUAUUAUUACUAAAACAAAAAAA